ACACCUUGUUCAAAGUUUUUUAUUGUUGGUAUUGUUGACGAUAAAACAGAAAUAUAUAGUCGUAUUAACGUGUUAUUAAGAAAUACAAACGACAAAAUGAGUCUUGAUGAAAAUAGUAAAACGCGCAUGAACUUAGCAGCUAUUAAAAAGGUCGAUCCAUACGCCAAAGAUAUUGUCGACAGUUCGUCACAUGUAGCUUUUUACACGUUUAAUGCUGAGCAUAACGAAUGGGAGAAGACUGACGUCGAAGGAGCUUUUUUCAUAUAUAGCAGAAAUGCACAACCUUUCCAUAGUAUUUUUAUUAAUAAUCGUAUCAACACCACCCCAUUUGUGGAACCAAUUACAAGCCAGUUGGAGCUACAAUCGCAACCACCAUUUUUACUGUAUCGUAAUGAGAGGUCUCGGAUCCGUGGUUUCUGGUUUUACAAUAGCGAAGAGUGUGAUCGUAUUGGUACUAUUGUUGGAAGUUUGUUACAAAAGGUUGAUACGCGGGCGUUAUCUAAUGAAAAUGAAGAUAAGCCACAAAUAAAACAAGAAAAUGUAAAUAUUUUCAAAAUGCUUUCGAAGGCUCAACAGGAAUACAAUACGCAACAAAAAAUGGCUUCUUGUAAUGUGCUGCAGUUUUUCGCAGCUGCUAAGCCAAGGUCGACAGAAGUGCCUUUUAUGCAAAGAGCCAUACCGAACUCAUUGUCUGUUGAGCAAUUAGAAAAACAACAACGUGCUAAAACUCCUAAGAGUGACAUCCAAUCAUCAGAAAACAGUUGCAAAUAUGACGUUAAAUCAGAAACUAAAUCAAGUAAUAAAGGGACGACAGCAAUGAAUAUGACUUUUCUUUCUGAACUAGAAAGUUUAUCGAAUGUGCCCACACCAUUAGGGCAAUCCACUGGAAGGUUAUCCAGUUCUGGCGCCCCUCUACUAUUAACAGAAGAAGAACGUCUACGCCAACUUCUUGUUAAGGAAUCAUCAAAACCGAUAAAACCAGCAUUGCUGUUACCAAAUAUGUUCGAUAAGCCGACGGAUGUAAAUACAAGUUCACCUAGAAAAGAACCCCUGAAUCAGACUCAGUUAAUACAAGCGUUCAACUUUCUUAUUCAAAAUGACAAAGACUUUGUACAAAAGUUGCAUGAGGCAUACAUUCAAGCUUACAAUAAGGACUUACCUGGGGCAUACCAUUAAUUAAAUAUCUGUUAUAUUCGAAAUAAAAAUUACAAUUAAUUGUAAUU